ACAAGAUAAAAAAAGUCGAUUCGGUUCUUCGACAGGUUCUUGAACUUGGUUAGCCGGUGAUCAGGAGGCAAAGUGGUGGGACCAGGUAUCUUUUCCUGGUCGAUGGUACCUAGCGGAGGUCAUACCACGUUCGUCCUUCGUAUAGUCAAGACGUUCCUCCUAUCGUCACUUUUCUUAAAUCGCAAAAGAUAAUACGAAAAAUAAAACAAAAAAAAGAAAAGAAAGAAAGAAAGAAAGAAAUAGAAAGAAGAAGAAAAAAAAAUCGUGUAGCGUAUAAUUCCCAUUUCAAAGAGAAUCUAUAAUAAUUUUUGAUUUUCUUUUUCUUCUUUUUUUUUUUUUUUUUUUUUUUUUUUCAUAACGUCGCGGAUCUAACAAUGUUCUCGAUUAAUAUGAGAUUGUUCAAAACUACAACUCUUUUGUUAUUAUUCGCAUUUGUUGGAACUCACGUAAGGUGUUUGCCAAUUGAGGAAUCUUCAUCUACAACUUCAUCCUCAUCCUCAACACUUUCUAACACCGGUGAUCAUUAUGAUCAAAGACAAAAUGGCACUGACAAUUAUCGUAUUCACGUUGACGGUGUAGUUGUGGUCGUUGCACCAGUCGAAGCUCUUUUAUUGGCUGGUGAUGUCAUUGGUACCAAUCAAUCUGACAUAUCGUUGCUCGAAUCUAUGUUGUACAAUGCCAAACCAGAAGAUGAGAAACCAAAUGUCGAACAUUUGGAGAAACCAACUGUCUCACCGAAAUCUACACACAGAUCCAGUUUACGUUUAAUGAAUCUACUUGCACCCUUUAUACGCCGUCUUUAUCACAAAGAAUGAAUCCAAUACUGACUUUUAAACAAAAUCUUCGAAGACUUAUUUUUAUUGUAAUGUAAUAUGAAAAUGUGAUAUAUAAUCCAUUACUUAUUAAGUAUAUAUAUAUAUAUAUACUUAAUCUUAAUAUCUUAAAAUAUUCUUGUUUAUACCUUCGUUUAAUAGAUUUCCUAUAUAAUAAAUUAGGGUGGCAUAAACACGUUUGUAAUACUAUAUGUUUAGUACAUAUAUAUAUAUAAUGAUCGUUAUAUUAUAUUAUAUGCAAUCAUUUUGUAAAUCGUCAGUAUAUACUCACCUGUAUCAUUUAUCGAUCUAAAAUGUGAUUAUCUUAAUGCACACGUUUAUCGAUACAGUUUAUUUCACAAUUUCUUCUUGAAAUGAAAUAUAUUUGAUUAAAAAUUAAAAUACAUUGUCUAUGAUUUUUGUUCUGUCUUAUUUUUAUGUCUGUCUCCGUAUGUGUGUAUGUGUGUGUGUGUGUGUAUGUGUGUGUGUACGUAUGUGUAUGAUUGUGAUGCGCGCCAAGCGCUUAUAUGCGUAUGUUUUUUUUUGUUUUGGUAUAUGAUCACAAUACUUCGUAAUAUUUUGUAUAAAAAUGCUUAAGACUAUACAUAUGCUCCUUUGCAUGUACAAUUUAAUUGGGUGGAAUCGCUCGUUUCUUUUAUUUCUUUCUUUUUUUUUGUUGUUUUUUUUUUUUUAUUUUAUUUUAUUUUAUUUUAUUUUCGAAAAUGAUGAUUAUUUCCAGAAGACACUUCGCGAAUACAGUUCUCUUUAAAUAACACGUAAUGCAUUUUUUAAGAAGAAAUUUUAUAUUGGCUUGUGAAACACACGAUAAUGGAAAAUAAGCGUCACAGUUUCUGUUUAUAUACAAUCAUUAAAAUAUAUGCGUCCUUAUGUUUGGAAGUCGAGGAUGUGUAUACAAGAAUACAUUUUCAAAUAUAUUGCAAUUCUAGUAUAUAUAUGUAUGUAUAUAUAUAUAUAUAUAUAUAUAUAUAUAUAUAUAUAUAUCAUUAUAUAGCAUCAUUAUAUAGCAUCGUCCGACUAUAUUGUUCAUCGUUAAACACUUAAAAUUAUAAACUGACUUACUCACAAUAAAAAUGAAAUUCCAAUUGACUAUUAUUAUUAAAUAUGUUCAUGACUAUAAUAACGAGUAAACGUGACACAUACAUACAUACAUAUGUUCAAAUUGUCAUGAUCAUAUUUUGUGUCCGUAUAUAUUUAACGUUUCAUUCGUUAUUUUUAUCAAUUAAUUUGUCACACGUUCGACAUUAAAUCAUUCGUUUUUUUUUUUUCUUUGUUUGUUUGUUUCUUUGUUCGUUCGUUUGUUUUUCUCUUUUAUUUUUAUUUAUUUCUCUUUUUUUUUUUUUUUUUUCUUUAAUAGUAUUAAUAAUAAUAAUAAUAAUAGUAAUAAUAAUAAUGAUAAUAAUAAUAAUUAUAUUGUAAAACUAGUGUUACCCUGUGUUCUCUCGACUUUGGAAAACAUUAUGUAUAUAUUAUUAUAAUUUUGAAUACUUUCAUAGAACAAAAAGGAUUUUUAAUGAUCAACAUCCAAUUUUGUUUUUAUGAAUUUAUUUCAAAUCUUCUUUCUCUCUAUAUCUUAUUAUACGCAAGAAUCGCUUGUGCGAGAUUGCAAAACUCUUUGGAACUUCAUUGAUAAAUAAAA